CUCAGUGUAGGAGAAACAGUGGUGGAGGGAAGCUACACCUCCUCUCGCUCCGCCCUUUCCCGCGUGUCGAAGGAGCGAACUUGAUAUAUCGCCUUCCCCAACGUGUAUGUCCGUGUGGUCCUGUGCGUGUGGGUUGGUUACUGGUUAGCCCUGUGCAUGACUGACGGGUUUGCAGACUAGAGUGACUGGUGGCCUGGUUGGUUGCUUGGUUGCUGAGUGGUCGCCCUGGGAAAGAGAGAGAGAGAGGAAGAGAGUGGAGAGGCGUGGUCUGACUCUUAAGGCGUUUCCAAGCAGAGAGAGACAGACACUCCCUUCUGCCUUAACGGAUCGUCCAUCGCGUCAGACAGGAGGAUCAGGUGUCCAAGCCCAGGGUCGUCCACGGGGGGGUCGUCCACUCCAGGGGGGACCCGAGAGAUGGCGUGGGGGGCAGACUGGGGGGGCGUAGGGAGGGGGCGCGUUACCUCACUCACCCCCAACCCCCUUCUGGUGCUACUGCUGGUCCUGUGUGGUGCCUCAAGGGUCCUGGGAGCAAUGUUACCGCCGCGCCUCAGCUCCAGCCAAGACAUCGUCAGGCUGCAGGAGGGGCAGGAGAGAUAUGUACUGGAGUGUAACAAGGACGUAGGCGACGACCCCAUCACGUACCGCUGGCUCAAGGACAACCAGAUCGUGACGGGUGUGCUGGGUUAUGCCUACCGCGGCUACAACAGUGUGCUCCUGGCCCUGCACCCCGUGGAGCCACAGCACGCAGGGACCUACGUGUGCGAGGCGUCCAACACGGCGGGCGUCCACUCGGCGGCCAUCCGGGUCAUCGUGGACAGCAGCGGGGCCAGGCAGAAGGCCGAGGAGGGGGACAAGCCCCACACGGAUGAGAUUCUGAGUGACAUCGCGACCUCCCUGAGCGACGUGCUGGCGGAGGGUGAGUGCAAAUGCGACACCAUGUUCUUCAUCCACGCCUCCACCGACGCCCCGGCCAACACCAUCGCUGCGCAGGCCAACCUCGUCCACACCAUCGCUGACCAGAUGAUCUCGGAGACCAACCGCGUGAGCAUUGUGACGUACUCGGACUACAUCGACUUCAAGCUGUCCUUCGGCGAGGGGACCAACAACUGUGCGCUGCGGGAUGCCUUCAAGGACCUCACGCACCAGCAGUGGACGACGCGGCUCGAGCCAGUCAUGCGCGACACCUUCAAAAAGUUCCGCAAGUCCAAGGGAUCCUGCAAAGUCAUGUUCCUCCCCAUCUUCGGGUCACUUGGGGCUGAGGGGGCUGACAUUCUAGGGGCACAGCAUCUCAAGAAACUCGGGGUCAAGAUCUUCAUCCUGGAGGUGACGCCCGUGGCCCUGGGCAGUGUGCAGGAGAUGGCUUCCAAGCGCGGCGACGGGCACCCCUACCACUGGCGGGUCCCUCAGCACAUCUGGCCCACCAUAGUGAUGAACAUGAAGUACAUUGCCGAGGAGGUGGUGGGAUGCAUGCCGAAGGAGAAGGACAUCCCGGGCGUGUGUGUCGGGGAGGACGGGACUUGCACCAACAGCACCAUGUGUCGUGGGAUGGGAUAUGGGUGCACGGAUGGACGAUGUAUCUACCGGGAGUGUAACAUCAACCCUCAACAGCCAGGGUGCUGCAGCGACGAGAGCCCAGUCAACCGCUUCUGGUGUGGGGACGUGACGGGGCAGUGCACGGCCACCAACGCAUUUUGUGACGGCAUCGUACAGUGCAUGAACGGGGCUGACGAGGGCCGAUGCUGGACGACCCCGUGCCCCCAAGACAAGAUUGCGCGCUGCCAGACGAGCACACUGUGUCUGGACCUGAUGGACCUGUGCAACGGGGAGCCAGCGUGUCCGGGUGGGGAGGACGAAGACCCGCGAUUCUGCAGGUCCUUCCCAUGCCCCACAGACAGGCCCUUCAGGUGUCGUAGUGGGAAGUGCAUCGCCAGGGAGAGCCUGUGUGACGGGGUGUUCAGGGACUGUGCCGAGGGGGAGGACGAGCUGUUUGAGUUCUGCAAGACGGUCCACAUCUGCCCGGCCGGUCGGUCCUUCAAGUGUGACUAUGGGAUUUGUGUGCCGGAGCAGAUGGUGUGUGACGGAACCUUUAAUUGUCUUGACGCGACGGACGAACUGGUAUGUGACCGAAAACACUGUCCGGCUGAGCGCCCCUUCAAGUGCUUAAGUGGCCUUUGUAUCAGCAUGGAUCAGGUAUGUAACGGCGUGCGUGACGGGUGUGACGACGGCUCGGAUGAACAGAACUGCACCAGCGUCCUCUGCCCGGCCAGUCGCAGCUUCAAGUGUACCAGUGGACGCUGCCUUGACGGGGGCUUGGUGUGCGAUGGGCGGGAUGACUGCGGCGACGGCAGUGACGAGCUGAACUGCCCGACGCCAUCAAGACCUGAAGCGUCAGCUGUGCCGACGCCCCCCGAGUGCCCAAGCAACACCUUCACCUGCAACAACGGCGCCUGUGUACCUGUGACGCGGGUGUGUGAUGGGAGGAAGAACUGCUUGGAGGGCGAGGACGAGGCUGACUGCGACAAACAAGAGUGCCCCGCCGCCCGCCCACACCGGUGCAAGGACGGCUCAUGCGUGGUGGCCUCGGCUCCCUGCAACAACAUCAAGGAAUGCGCUGACGGCUCUGACGAAAUCAACUGCACGCACCCCGACCCCGACCCUGAUGCCGACUACGAGGAGUACGACGAUUACGAGGAAUACGAGUAUGAUUCCGAGACAGAGAGACCAGCACCCACCACCACCCCGUCAACCACCACAACCACCACCAAGAAAACACAGCCCGAGCAGACGAUGGUGGAGCACAAGACACACCACGAGGAGACUGACAACGAGGAAGGGUCGCACGAGGCUCCGACGGUGCUCGAGGAACCUGACGCUGAGCCUGAGGUUGAAGACGAGCAUGAUAUUGAGGCGGCCGAGACAAUGCUUGAGGAGGUAGCGGAGAGAGAACCAGCUGCCUCCAGUGAGCAAGGCGUGGGUGCUGCCUUACAUGUGGGACCAUCUGGCAUCCUGACUCUACUCCUGGCACCAAUGUUCGUCCUAGGGGUGUGGACGAGGUGAAGACCCAUCGUAGCGUGACCCAGUGUUGUUUUGGAUCACAUCGCCUCUUACGAACGACCUUGAGAAAGAACAUCAGUAGUACUUGGGGAUGGACUUUUCAGCCUCAUGUUGUGAUCUAAUGUUGCCAUGGAUGAUGAGAGGAGAACAUCGUGACUAGAGAACAGCCCAACGGAGGACCACCAGUAACGGAGAACGGGUUAGAGAACGUGCCCCACUACUAGAAAACAGCGUGACGGAGAAACACCAGUAACGGAGAAUGGCUUAGAGAACAUCAUGAAUAGAGAACAGCCAAAAAGGGACCACCAGUAACGAAGAACGGCUUAGAGAACAUCAUGAAUAGAGAACAGCCAAAAAGGGACCACCAGUAACGAAGAACGGCUUAGAGAACAUCGUGACUAGAGAACGUGCCCCACUACUAGAAAAUAGCCUGACAGAUGACCACCAGUAAUGAAGAACAGCUUAGAGAACAUCGUGGCCAGAGAACAGACGGCACUACUAGAGAACAGCCUGACAAAGGACCACCAGUAACGGAGAACGGCUUAGAGAACAUCGUGCCCAGAGAACGAACGUCACUACUAGAAAACAUUGUGACGGAGAACCACCAGUAACGGAGAAUGGCUUAGAGAACAUCAUGAAUAGAGAACAGCCAAAAAGGGACCACCAGUAACGAAGAACGGCUUAGAGAACAUCGUGACUAGAGAACGGACGUCACUACUAGAAAACAGCGUGACGGAGAACGGUUAGGGAACAUCACGUCACUGCUUUGAGCCUCAAGAUGUGACGCUCUGUUGUUUUGGAGGAUAAGAAAACAGAGAAAACAUUGCCAUUAGAGGAUAAACUAAAGAAAAAUGAACAUUACCACCUUAAGACAGUCUGAAGGAGAAACAUCACUAAGAACAGACUGGAGAGAGACAAGAACAUCGCUGCCGGAGGAUUAUUUAGACCAAGAACAUCAAUUGAAAGCACUCUAGAGAAAGAAAAUUACGAAGAAAAACCAUUAGAAAGAACAUUGUGGCUAAUUUAAGACUACAUAGGCCUGAAACAUAAAGUGGGGACAGUCUAGAGAAAUAAAAUUACUUAGAAAAGCCAUUAGAAAGAACAUGGUUGCUACUUAAGAACUACAUAGGCCUAAAACAUCAGUUGAAGACACCGUAUAGAAAGAACACUAUCAAGAACAGCCUAUGGAAAGAACAUUGUGGAUACUUGAAGAUCAUAGGCGCAGAACAUCACUGGAAAACACUAGAAUAAGAACAUCGCAUUAGAAGAGCUUGUAGGACUCCUGAGGUUCCAGUGCAGUGAAGGAAGGAAGGAAGGAAGGAAGUCUGUAUGUACUAUCUAGAGUCCUUUUUGCUCGACCGACUAAGCGACGAAGAGAAAAAACAUUGUGGUCGAAGAAAUUAAAAAAGAAGAAGAAAAAAGAAGUCUCAAGGUGCUGGUUGGAAUUCAUGAGUCCCACUGUAGCCAAGGACGAAAAGAAAAAAAGUUAGAAUGGAUUAGAACUGUAUUGAUAUUGCUUUUCGUUAGACUGAGAGAGAGUGGAAAAAAACUGAUUGUGGUCGAAGAAGUUAAAAAGAAGAAGAAAAAAGAAGUCUCAAGAUGCUGGUAGGAAUUAUAAGGCCCCAGAGUAACCAAGGAAAGAAGGAAAAACUGUGAACUGUAUCAAUAUUGCUUUUCGUUAGACUGAGAGAGAGUGGGAAAAAAACUGAUUGUGGUCGAAGAAAUUAAAACAGAAGAAGAAAAAAGAAGUCUCAAGGUGCUGGUAGGAAUUCUAAGGACCCACUGUAGCCAAGGAAAGAAGGAAAAACUGUGAACUGUAUCAAUAUCCCUUUUCGUUUGACU